UAAUAUUUUUAUAUUGAUCGCUAUAAAACCCGCUCGAAUUCUAAGAGUUUUCUAUUCGUAUUCUCUCUCUAAAUCGCACAGUUUUUCUUUCUCGCUCCUCUGUAAGAUCCAACCCCAAACCCUAGCAAACCCCCUCCGCAGAGAGGGAGAGAGAGCUGAAAAGACGCUUCCUCUACUCGCUCCCCUCAAUUCCCUUUCACCACCCUUUCUCCUAUCAGUUGUGUUGGCUUUUUGACUCCAUUGCAAUGGCAACAUCAGAGCAGCUAGCUCCAACCAAAACUCCGGCACCUGAUGUUGUUGGUCAUGCCUUUGUUGAUCAGUACUAUCAUAUGUUGCAUGAAAGCCCUCAGCUGGUGCAUAGGUUUUACCAAGAAGUCAGUAAGCUUGGUCGUCCUGAACCAAAUGGGAUAAUGAGCAUCACUACCACUAUGACUGAAAUUGACAAGAAGAUACUAUCAUUGGGUUAUAGUGAGCUGAAUGCAGAGAUUAUAUCUGUGGAUGCACAAGAGUCCUAUGGUGGGGGAGUGAUUGUCUUGGUGACGGGGUUUAUGACGGGAAAGGAUGAUAUUAAACAGAAAUUUACUCAAAGUUUCUUCCUUGCUCCUCAAGAGAAAGGCUACUUUGUUUUGAAUGAUGUUUUCAGAUAUGUUGAUGAAAAUGGAAUAGAAGAGUCUGAUCAUGUAAUUGUAUCACCUACUUCUACUGACAAUGUGUCAGAACCACCUGUGCUAGAGGCGCAAGUUCCAGAGCAAAUAUCUGUGACUGUUGAGGAUGGUGUUGGGGAAGAAGUCUACAAUCCUGAAAAUGAGCAAGUGUCUGUUGAAGAAGAGGAAGUUCCUGUUGCUGAAGUUCUUGAUGAAAUUCCUGAUGAUUCACAGAUGAUAUCUGGAUUGGCAUCCCAAAUUGAAGAAGUACCAAAGAAGUCAUAUGCCUCUAUUGUUAAGGUAAUGAAAGAGGGUGGAGUACCAUCCUCCAUAGUGACAGCUGUUUCUGUGAAAUCUGUCCGUAAGAUUCAAGAACAGCAGAGCACCACUGCACCUCCACCAUUCAGUGGGCCAGAAACAAAUGGAUCUAGUAUAAACACCAACGAAGGUGGAAACAAUCAAGAAACUGAAGUUGAGGGCUAUUCAAUUUAUGUGAAAGGGCUGCCUGGAAAUGCUACGCCUGCACUUCUCGAGAAUGAGUUCAAGAAGUUUGGCCCUAUUAAAAGUGGUGGUAUCCAAGUUAGGACGCAAAAGGGUUUUUCCUUUGGCUUUGUGGAGUUUGAAGUGGAAAGUGCUGUGCACAAGGCAGUCGAGGUUUCACCAGUUCAGAUCAGUGGCCGUUACGUUAUUGUUGAGGAAAAGAGAUCAACUAAUCGAGGUUAUAGAGGGCGAUUCUCGACUGGAAGGACACCUGGAUUCAGGGGUGAGGGAGCAAGAGGACGAGGAAACUAUGGAAAUAGCCGAAGUUUUGGACGUGGAGACUUCAACGGUCGCGGAGACAUUAACGGCCACGGAGACUACAACGGUCGUGGAGACUUCAACGGUCGUGGAGACUUCAAUGGACGUGGAGACUUUAACGGAAGAGGGGAAUAUGGAUAUAGGAAUGGUAACCGGGGAGGAUUUUCAAGCCGUGGAGGUGAUGUGUAUCAGAGAAACGACCAUAUGGGAACCAAUGGUGGCCGCAUGAAUCGUGCUGGUGGUUCUUCUGUUAACUCGGCACCCAAACCUACUGGUGCUCAACGUGUUCCUGCCUCUGCUUGAGGAAGCUAUGCAUCUAAGAGUCUGACUGAUUGAUAGUUUAUUACAAUUUGCAUUAACUGAAGCAUUUGGAACUAGAAAGAAUUAAAUAGCAAACCUUUUUUAGAUGAGUUAAGUUUACAAAGUCCCCUUUUUAGGUCAUUUUCCUGAUAUUGGUGGUCUUGGGAAAAGGUAGUUUUCAGUUUCUAUUCAUUAUAUAAUGAGUCUAACGGUAGUUUUUGUGCUUCCCCAGUUUUUAUGAAAAUAUAUAUAUUUGGGGUAUCAUUUUUUGAUA